GAGCAAGUUGCUGCAGUAGGGGCUCCAGCAAAAAUUACUGAGCUGCCUGCACAUGCAGGGAGAGGCGCGAGCCCAGCCUCACUCCUUCCUCUGGGGGCGUGCAGCGGCUGCUCGUGCUGCCAGCGCUUGUCGGUGCCACCGCAAGUCUGAGGAGAUGAUCAGAUGCUGGGGCAGCCUGCACUGCCAGAACAGCCAUUUCCCUCCUCCUUCAAGGAAAAAGCAGUAUGCCAGCCUGGGUCCCCGAGCUACCAGCUGAGCUUUGCUGUUUUACAUGGUGAAAGAAAUACAAAACAUGUCACAAGCAAAUGUCAUGAUUUGUGGGAUCCAACAGCUGCAUCUAUUUCGGACAGAGAUUGUGAUACGAGAGAGGGAGAGACUGUAGCCAUGAACUAUAAGCCGUCCCCACUUCAAGUAAAAUUAGAGAAACAGAGGGAGUUGGCUCGGAAAGGCUCUCUGAAGAAUGGCAACAUGGGAAGCCCAGUUAAUCAGCAGCCCAAGAAGAACAACGUGAUGGCACGAACAAGGCUCGUCGUUCCCAAUAAAGGCUAUUCAUCAUUAGAUCAGAGUCCAGAUGAAAAGCCACUGGUAGCCCUGGAUACGGACAGUGAUGAUGACUUUGACAUGUCCAGAUAUUCCUCUUCGGGAUACUCAUCAGCUGAGCAGAUCAACCAAGACUUGAACAUCCAGCUGCUAAAGGAUGGGUACCGUUUAGAUGAGAUCCCAGAUGACGAGGACCUCGACCUAAUCCCCCCUAAAUCGGUCAACCCUACCUGCAUGUGUUGCCAAGCCACCUCCUCCACCGCCUGUCACAUCCAGUAGUGAGGCCGGCAGGCUGUGAUCAGUGCUUUCCACUAUAACUGUAAAACUUAACAGCCAUUGCUUCCUCCUAUGGUAGGACGUGCACCUCUUUGUGUUCAUGGAGCCAGGAGAAACCAAAAAAUCCAUUUUAUGAUUGGUUGAUAAGUUAUUUUAAGCUAUGGUUAAACAAAGCAGAAGUUUCUCAAAGUGCCAGGCAGUGCCUAGCGGAACUGACUGGUCUGGAGAAUGAAUGCAGAAGAGCCCAAAGAUACCUCCUUGGUAGGCACUGGAGAUGAUUUGUAAGGUGUCUGUUCCAGAAUAGGAAGGAUCAGAUGGGGCUCCAGUUAAUCCUACCCAACAAAACCAAUCCAUUUGCAAGAUCAGAGUUGAGUCUGAGAUGCCAGGGAUUUUUAACCAGGGAAGGAGGUCAGUUCUUAAUUCAUUCACUAAACCUGAUCAGUUUGUAUCAACCAAAAUUAUUCCGUAAUCAGGGCACAGGCAUGGGAACAGAGUAGGGCAUUCAAUAUUAUGGCAGAUCUAGCCAGGACUAACAUAACACAAUUCUUUCACUUGCAAAGAGAUCAAGUAGAUAGCAUUUCACUCUGAGUCACUACUAACUAGAACUGUCUUGUCGCAUACCAAUGCAGUCUACCCUUAGUUCCACAUUAAAUUAUCAUCAAUCAGAUCAGAUUCAAUCUGCAAUCCAUCCAAACUCUUCUAGGAUUCAGUCCUUGCUGGAGAAUACCAUGCUCAUGGAUACUCCAGUCACAUUUACUGACUUCAGCCUAUGCUUAAUUCCUGUGAGACCCAUAUGCUUUCAAAAAUGUUAAACUUUGUUCAAAAAAGAAAAAAUUAGCCCUGCACCAAAACAGGACAAGCUGUAGAGUCUGAAGGUCAGUAUGGAAAAAGCUAGUUGAAGAAAGCACAUUUCUAUGGGACUCAAACGUUUAUGUUCUCUUGAUGCUGAGUCUUUGCAUGCCUACAGAAGAGAUUUGUUAACACUGAAGGCAUCUAUGUGGUGGUGGCAUACAUUAACAGAGUUUUCAGCAGCAGAGAGAAUAUGAACAGAUUCAGCUCAAAAAAAGCCAUGAGAGGAAGCUGCUGUUUAUCUCAUCUCUUCCCUCUUCUGAACCAAGUUUUGUUUGUGUUAGAACACUGUCCUGUGUAGGGAACGAUUGUGUUUAUUUGGUGCUGGAAUGAUCAGGAAACAUAGUGGUAAAUUAGUUGCUGGACUGAAUUACCAGUUCACCAACUGUUCACCAAAUGAAUGUACAUUCAUUUCUGGAAUUAGGAAAUGUGUUCUCUCUCUCUGGUCAGUCUUCAACUGUUGGCUUCAGAAUACCUGGAACUCAGGUUAUGAUUGGGCUGGCAUUUUUCGUUGAGAAAAAAUCCUUUGACACAGACACAACUGUGUAUUUUUCUGCUCUUUCAUGAAGGACUGCCUGCCUUGCUUCUGUGCUUGCUUUAGAUCCUGUGAAGGCAAGAAGUGAGGAAAAUUAUAAGUUUCCCGUGCAAAUUUCCUUUCAAAAUUCCUCUGCAUCACAAGAAAGAGCCUGAAUUCCACCCCAAAGUGCAGAUCCUCUGUUUGAAAUUUGCACAUAGUUGGUUGAGUCUUUAAGAAGUCCUCUUAGUGAUUAGGAAAAAACGCUUGUUUUUAAACAUUACAGGUUUUUAACUCUGUGCAUGCAAGGCACGGUAUAGUACAUGGUGUGAUCAAAAGAUCAGACACAUAGGAAUCUCUGGGCUCUACUAUUCACUAGUUGACUGUGGCUGACCACUAAAGCUGUAUUUGCCCUCCUCCAUAAAACAGGGGCCUUGCUAUCUCCCAGGGAACAGAGAUCAUUGGGCAGUGUUGCUUACUAAGCAGAUCUGCUUCCCCGUGCAAAAGUGCUAGUUAACUUGCCAACUUCUCUAGGAAGAGAAUGCUCCUUACUUGAAUUUCUCCUCCUUUGUAAUCACAGGUAACACUAAGAAAGAAUAUUUCCAAAACAUUUCUUAAGAAGCACAAACCAUCAGGUCCCCAAUUCUUCACUUCUUCCUUCAUGAGCCUGCUUUUCUCUCCAAUGCUGGCUCAGGUGUGAGAUUAGCCAGUUGACUGGAGGGAGAAGAAGAGCUCUCACAACACAGGCUAAGGAGAAGAAAAGGGGGGAAAAAACUUUCUUAAGGAGUCUUUUUCUUAAGUGUGGAAUCUGGUCAAAACUUAACAGCAAUCCCAUGGUCAAAUCAAAUCCUACAGGACAUGGCCAACUCUCUUUCAAUGUUCAUUGUCCUAAAGCAGGAUUGUACAAUUCAGCAUUGGUACCAUGCAAAUUCCUUGUCCUAUUUAUCCUCCAGUUUCUGUGUCUGUCUCUUCCAAACAGGCUACACAAACUCAAUCUUCCCCAGAACCUUUGCCCCAGAGCACAGAGCAUUUUGCCGUACCUGCUAGAACAACGAGGUGUCCUGCUUACAAGGGUAAAGCUUGGCAGAUUGUAGGUCGCAUGGGUCUCUGUCACACUAUCUCUGUGUUCAGGGAAAGAUGGAGCAAGACAUGCUGAGACUGAGUCUUCCAAGGCUACACCCCCCCUCUGAAGGACAGACCUCCCCUAAUAACCUUUGCCCAGUGCAGCACUAUGAAGUCCUUUUAUUGCCCCUAUUACUCGUCUGUUUUUUGCCUGCUACGUGCCCUGAAGCAAUCCUACAGCCCUGCAGUUGCCCGCAACCCUUUGCACUGUGUGAUAUGGACCUGCUUUCAGCGUAACCCUUUAGGGUCCCUGGGAGAACACUACAAUUGCAUAUAGGACUGAAAGAGAUGAGUUUAAAUAUUAUCUACAGCCAGUGCUUCCCCCCAAGUACAGAGAGAAGCACAAACCAAGUGUUUUUCCCUGCUCACAGAAGUAGUUGGUUGCACAAAUAGCUGGUUUGGCAUGAUAGUACAGGACCAUAAAAUGGCAAUUUUUUGGCUUCUCCUCUCUAUGUUUUGUGUUCAUAUAUUUUAUUAGGGGAAUUAAGUAGAAAGGGUGGGAAAAGUAGUUACCUGUGUAGGGUUGUUUUCAGGAAGGCUGAAUGAAUUAAGGCAAUGCACAUGUGGCUAUCACAGAAAAUGGACCACUAACCCUUCUGAACCGCAGCCCCUUAAGCAGGUUAUGACUGUGGGGUGUGUUUGUUGGCUCGCUGUGGAAUACAACAGACAACCCGGCAGGACGUAUUAACUGCAGAUUGGGUUGGCUUUCCCUGUCUGGUCUCACAUUUGGACCUUUGCUUCAGCCGGAAAGUUUUCCUUGUGCCCUCAGUGGUGGUUAGGCUGUGGUGACUCUCCCUGGGAAGGUGUGUAGAUAUGUUGCCAUUCUGUCACUGCUCUCCUUAGAUCAGUUUGGGCUGCCAUAGCCCAGAGAAGGCGAGAGCGAAGAGUGCAGUCCUGUCUGUCUAUUAUAGCAUUAUAAAGCCCUGAAGUCUACAAAGCUUCUGGGCACUGUUCUGGCUGCAGAUCACUUGCAAGAAAGCAAAUCAUUCCUUGUUCCAGUCUUUGCACUAAACCAGAUAGUCUUCUCAGGCCCCAUUUCCAGUUCAAAGCCCUGCAGAAUACCAAGGGGAGGAGCACAACAGAGCAUGAAAGGCUGCAUCACUGUCCAUCUAAAUUACCACGCAAAUAGGAUAACUUCUUAUAUUGACACUGGCCCUCCACAAAAGAAUUUGCAUUUGAUGCCCCCUAAAGCCAGGCUGGGUUUUUGUUAGGACCUCUACAAUUUUAGUAUCCAAAUUACCUGAGUGUAAGUGAAUCCUUUCCUUCUAUCAGAUUUUAAUUUUGUCCUUGAACGCGAGCUAGCUUUGGACUGCCAAGUCUCAGCUCUCAACUCUUGUCUCUCCUAUCAGUCUGUAAACUCCCUAUUUCAAGAUACCUGUGCUCAAGAAAAGCUGAAUGUGAAUAUCUUGGUGUUGAGAGAGGUGUCUGGGUACCAUGAUGUAGUCUGCCUUUCUGAUGGUUUUAUUAUAGGAUUUGUCUGGAAGAAGGCUGAUGUCCAGACAACUAUCCUAAAGGCUCAUCUGAUAAGAUAUCUUAUCAGACAUAUCUUGAUGUGAACCUUUGGAAGAGCACUGGAUCAUUUCUGACAUUUCUGCAUGCCCGCACCCAACGUGUAUGUUUGGUAGUUGGGUCAGCCAUGCUUGUCUGGUUAUCUUGCCUGCAGAUGCUUUGCAACUGCAAAAACAGGCAGCCAAGCCUGCUGCUGGACUUCAGAAGGGACUUCAGGAAGCUGUGCUCGCCCACGGACAGGAUGGACUGGGCUGCUUCUGGUUUGGCUCUUCAGCUCCUUUCCCAGAAAGAGGCACCUGCUCUGCUCAGUUAUGUAUUGGCAGACACGUUUGUGUGAAAUCCUGAGCAGAAUUCUUUCCUCUCCAUACGGACUGUCUUUGGACUGGCCUGCAAGCUGUACAAAAGAGUGCAUGGGGCUUGGGAAGUACAGCACCCAGUAUGUGACUGAAAAGAAAGAAGAUGCUUUUGAAGAGAGGAAGGAUCCAGCUGGGCACCAGAUAGGAUGACAAAAAAAAGAAAAACAAGUAGUAACUGGAAAGGUUGCCAAGUGCUGGCUUGGCCUAGGGCAGAUCCCAGUUGUCCAAGUUAAUCUGUCUCAGUGCAGUGCUGAUACCAGCAGAGAGCAAAGUUCACUUUCAGAUACACACACCACAGCCAGAAUACUAUUGCAGAGUCUGCUGGACUAUUAGAGCACAGAAAUGCGAUCAGGUGUCCCUUUCUGCUGUUGGUACAUGGUACAUUCGUUGUAACCUCAGGCAGGUCACAUCCCUGCUCCAUGUCCAUGCCUUUCUGCAGCAUGAGGGAGAAACCUGCCUUCCCAGGAUGCUAGCACCACCCUGCAUGGAUGUUGCCAAGUGUGUGGCAGGUGCCACUGAUAAGAUAGCUCUGCAAGCAAGAUGCAAAAAGGAUCCUGUAAAAGUGUUACAGAUAUUUUCAAAGUACUACAAAGAACAGCAACACAGCUCUCUCUCCCUCUGUUUACUCACUUCUGAUGUUUCUUGCGUGUGCCGUGAGGCUGCAGAGUGGAGAUUAAUAGAGAGAUUGAACAGCUUUGGGGGCAGAUGUUUGGCAAAGAUUUGUUGCCCAGUUAUUUGGCAGCUGGCUUUUGCACAGCUGGCUUCCCAGUCUGCAUGCUGCCAGAAGGAACAUGCAAAGAUUUGAUGGCCCAAUAGCACCAUCCCCUGCUAGCAGAGUUAAGGAACUUAAGAGUGCAAGUGGAUUUACAACUGAGAUGGUCAGUACUAAUGGGAAGGAAGAGAGCAUUAAAGGAUUCAUUUGUGAUAUUUCCAGGGCAGUUUCAUGCUCUUAUUUUUUAACAUUAAUGUAAUGAUUUCAUAAUAUAAAAAAGCAGUGUUCCCUGGGCUCUUCUUUUACUUUCCGUUUAUCCUUCAAGCACACCUGGGAUAUGACUGCUCUUACCUAGAAUGAGAUAGGCUUUGUCAUCUGAAUGCUGCUUGGCUCAGCAAGCAUGAGCUGUCAUGAAUUUAUCCUGUCUUUGACCUUGUCACCCUUUAGAGCUGACUCACCACAGCACCUUUCCUUUUGACUUCUUGUAUCUCAAAAGAAACAUCUGCAUAGAUGGCAAAGUGCACAGCAGAAGUGCAGCUGGAUUACCCUACUGGGGCUAACGGGAAGGCAUGGGAAGAUGUUCAUUUUAAGGUGCUUUUCAGCUUCUAGGAGAAUGUGGCAUCAUUGUCACUUCCUUUCAAGGCUUCCCUGUGCGAAGGAUUGCUCCAAACUUUGAACUGCAUCUCAUCAGACAAAGCUGCCUGUGUUACAGAGCCACGCACACCUGAGGCAGAAGGCCCAGCAUAAAGGAAGAGUUGGGACCUGGCAUCAGCUACAAGAGAUUAAUGCCAGACUGAUAGGGUGCAGAAUUCUCACAGGAGCUUGCACACACAUUUUAACUUCCUGUCAUGUACAGCUGAGCUGUUGCAUUGAGGGAAGCCUCCAGAAAAUUACAGCCACAUCCCCUCCUUCAGCCCUGGUGGCAGUGCUAAAUGCACAGCAGCUAAAUGCAGUCCGGCUGAGCGCUCCUCUGACAGUUUGCUGGGAAGGCAAAGGCCAGGGGCUAAUUGAGGUUACCCAGAGCAGAGCACAGUGGCCCACACAAGCGGUGAGCUCAGGGGUCGCAUGGGAAACCACAUCUCGGAGCUGCACUGACACUGGCAGCACCACUUGCAGCUUUCUGCUGCAGCCACGGAGAGCAGCUCUUCCCACUGCUUCCCAGACCCAGCUGCCAGCAGAAACUGGUGAUGGGUGCGAGCCCUUCUUUUCCUCAAAAAAACUGCUUCGGCAAAAGAAGUCUUUGCCAUCGGUGGGAGCAUGUCGUGCUAAUUACGCCUGAUCUGUGAAGCAGCCAUUUCCAUAGUAACAAGUUGUGAUAUAGGCAAGGAGAUUACAUCAGGGAGGGGAAAGUACAAAGAAGGCCUCAUUAAAAUUUGACUGCCUCAAACACCUAACUGAAUGCCAGCACAGUAGGUACCAGGAAAAGAAAAGGCCACAAAAAAGCCAUGCUGAGAUGAGUCCCAGUACCCAAGGAGAUGUUUACUCCUCCCCCCCCCCCCCCAGCAGCGUUUCUCCCCUAGUUGCCCAUUCAGCUGCCCUGAGUGAGUUCACCCAGCAACAUGGCUCUCCACGCUAGCUACCCUCUCACGUCUGGGUUGAGUGGCUUCCAGAAGAGCCAGGACUCCAUUUGUUACCCGUCCUCCUCAAACCCACAUGAUCGAGGAGACACAAAGUUUGUUGAGAGAUAUAACACAGAUCCAGAGAGAAAGUUGGAAAAAUUAGACAAGCUGUCUUCACAACAGCCAUUCUGGUUUCUAUCACCUUGCUGUCCUUCCCCAGCUCAUAAGAGUUUUCUGCUCAGUUUCCUGCAUGGAAAAGCUGCCAGGGAUAGCAGAUAUGUCCAGCUUGUAGCCACCUCUGUCCAGAGACAAAUCAAAGGCAAACAUCAGACCAGCAGGAGAUUCAACAAACAUGAUGAUGGGUUAGCUGCAGAGCAGACCUGGAUUUCUCUUCAAACUCCCCAGUGAGCUGGGGACAAGGCUGUGUGGUUGGAGGUUAGCCGGACUAGAAUAAAACCUCUGUCUCUGAUCCAGCAAGCCGAGCUGGCCAGCUUCACCUUUCCAGGGUCGAUAUUGCGGAGCCAAGCUCGGGGAUCCAAGGCCUGCCUCUCAGUAGUCCAGGUGCUGCCUUCGUGGGUCCGAGACCCAUGGCGGAAGUGGGGUGGGAGACCUGUCGGCCGCCCCUUGCUGCACAGGGCAACACAUUCUAAGGCAAGCAGAAGCACUGGUAGGGCCGUAGUUCUGCAGCAAGAAAGACUCUUGCCAAGGAUGAAGUCUUUGCAGGGGAGAAAAUUCAGAAAGACUUUUUUCCCCUUUUUGCACAUUUUUAACCAUUUUUACUCCUUCCACUGGGGUUACUGAACCCCCAGUUUAAUAAAGAAGGAAAUGAAUCACCAUUAAAUAGUUUUCUAAAGGGUUCUGAAAGCAGGCGCCACUUGCAUGCAGAAAUCUACGUCUAACAUGUUACUUCCAGACCUCCUUUUGCAUCCCGUAGAUGAGUCACCUUUUGUGCUGUGCGGGGACUGGGGUGGGAGAAUCAGAAUGCGUCAAACAGCUACAGCUUUCCAAGCGAACUCAAAAGAAGAAUCAGACAACAAAAGGGGGAAAGCAGCAGCAGCAACAAUAAAAGUAUAACUAGUUGUCACAGGUAAACUUUGGUAUCUGUGUCCAGUGGUUAGUUCUAGGUCGCAAGCCUUGUUAUAUUGCACACGUCCUCCUUUCACGCCUCUUUUUUCAAAGCAGCCGUUGUCUUUUUUUCCCCCAUGAACUAAUGAUGAGCAGCAGAGGCAGUUGUACCAAAACGGCUCUCAGCCCAGUUCUGCGUCCCCAUCUCCCAUCCAAACCCAAGCCAGUCCAGACAACUGUUAACCAUCAUAAGUUGUAAUUUUUAGUAACUCCACUUGGAUUUCUUUCACAGCUUCCUCCACAAGUACUCUAGCAGGGAAGUACGGGAGGCUCUUGUAUCCCAAGGAGCUUCUUUGCCCCCUGGCAGCACCUAGCAGCCGUGCACCUUACUGGGAAUGUACUGGGUCAAUGUUGGUGAGAUCUGGCACUGCCCAUCUUGCAUAUGUGGCAGCUGAUGGGAAUCCACUGGGGGAAGUGGCUACUAUCCCUUUUCUUUUCUUUUUGGAGGGAGAGGAGAACAUUUUUUUAGCAUUACAAUUAUUGUCCACUUCCCAGUGGCCAAGUUAGGGGCUGCAUUAAUAUUUGGGGUUGACUGGCUGCUUGGGCAGGCAUGGAGCUUCACACUGACUUUCAUGGCUAAAUGUAUCCAGAGCCUGGAUACAGAUCGGAUUUCUCCCUUACCACAAAGAGCUGGUUGUGCUUUCAGCAGUGUCACUGGCACCAGUUCACGAUUACUGGCAGACAGGUCCAGAUCAAAUUUGAACUUCCGUUUUGUGUCCUCAGCUUGAAGAAAACUAAACCCAAGUAAAUGUUUCCAAGGUCUCCUUUCACCAUGCGGUAUGUGGUGCCCCAGGGGAGAGGAUGACAGGAGGCAUUUGUGGGUCACUGGAAGCGAGAUCCUUUUUGGAUAUGUUUAAUGAAAAUGUCUUUUUGGCGGAGAGACCUCCUGACCUUUGCGUAAAUCUCAGAGCAGGAGAUGUAUUUUCAACUGUCCUUGCAUAUAGUGAAACAUAGCUGAAACAGCCAAAUGCAAAGUAGAGUUAAACAUAGGAUUUGACCUGAAUAACCUUUUAAUUAGGAAGAUAAAUUUGUUGUAGCUUGACCUUAGUCCAUGUUAGGAACCUGCUAAUCAUUUGACAUGCGGAGUGCAUUAAUGCCGCACUUAACUUGGCCAUUGGUUUUAUUAUCUGGUUUGGGGGUGUUUUUUUUCACUCCUGAAGCAUCAAUUUGCAUCUGGUAAAGGUUUUAAUUUUUCUUUCUCAUUCAGAACAUGUAGCACACUGUUGUACUUCUGUUCCCGUCCGCGUAGAGUAUUGCCUUAAACAGAUCAGUUGUGUUGUGGUUUGUUUUGUUUGUAUUUUUUUCUACCAUCAGUUUUAUGCAUUAAUUUAUUUUAAAAAUGUGGGUUUUUUUGAAAAACAUGAAACAUGUAUAAUAUUUUUUUUAACAUUUCCAUUGCAGUAUUUAUCAUUGUUACUGGUUGUGUGUAGUGUAACAGAACUAAUGAUAUUAAAAAGCAUACAUAUGAAAACCA